GGUUCAGUGCAUCGUGAGCAUCGAUGAGAGAUUGUAGAGAGUGGGUUGUUAUUUGGGAUUGGGAUUGAGUGAAUAAAAAUAGAUAGGAAUGGUGGACGCCUCGACGAAGAAGAGCCUGAGUGGGAUUCCACUGCUGCAAACGAGAGCUGGCCCUCGGGACAAGGAGCUCUGGCCCAGGAGGCUCCAGGAGGAGCUGAUAUGUCUGAUACAGUACACGAAGAAUAAUAAGGCCUCUGACAGCCACUGGUUCCACUUGCAACCGAAUGAGGGGGGAACCAAGUGGUUCGGAAAAUGUUGGUAUGUCCAUAAUUUGCUGAAGUACGAGUUCGAUGUUGAGUUUGACAUUCCGGUAACGUAUCCCGUCACUGCUCCCGAGCUGGCAUUACCAGAAUUAGAUGGGAAAACGGCUAAAAUGUACAGAGGAGGAAAAAUAUGCCUGAGUGACCACUUCAAGCCAUUGUGGGCUCGUAACGUUCCCAAAUUCGGAAUUGCUCAUGCAAUGGCCCUCGGGCUGGGCCCCUGGCUGGCAGUGGAGAUCCCCGACCUCAUCGAAAAGGGAGUCAUCAAGCACAAGGAACAGUGUGACGCGAAAUAACGAUCAACUAAUUCUAAAAUAAAUUCUACAAUCUCCAUUCCCAUUUUUCUGUAUUCAAUAAUGAAGUGUUAGCCCACAGAUGUUUUAUCAUACAAAAGAGGACUUUAUUGAGUUGAAUAAAUUAUAUUUUACAUUUUA